AUGGGUUGGCUUGUCUACAAAAGAUUGGAUCGUUUUCUAGUUCUACGGGACUCCUAUGGAACUGUGCAGGCUGUAGUAGAUUCAAAACCAGAGCUAAGCAAAAUCGUCAAAGAUCUGCCUUACGAGUCUGUUGUUAAAGUCGAAGGAUCAGUUGUGAAUCGAGGGGAGAAUGCUAACUUGAAAAUGAAGACAGGUGAAAUAGAGAUUAAUGUCUCGAGCUUGACGGUGUUGAACUGUGCGUCGCCGCAUUUGCCAAUGCUGCCAGAUGCAAAAGCCAGUGAAAAGACCCGGUUAUCUAAUCGACAUAUUGAUCUGCGAACUGAUCAAAUGCAGAGGUUCUGUUAUUUCACAUACGAAUUUCUCACGCUUUCCCUUCACGAAGCUUUUAUUUUACAUCUACCAAAUUUGAGGGAUAAUUUGUAUUUCAGUCCUAAACUAUCUGUUAUGAAAACAAGGAAAAAAAACCAAAAAUCUUCUUCCUAUCUCUACAAUGUCUUUGAUCGCUUUUGCGCAUGCCAUAUCCUUUCUAAGGUCUCA